AUGAAUGGUGUAUGGGCCAUUCGUGGAGUGGACAUGAGUUUACAACAAUGUCAAACAGCUAGUUUGGAAAAUUGGCGUUGUCUCAAGAGAAAUGGGUUUGAUUUUGCCAUCAUUGAAGUAUGGAAUGGAGGCUAUCAAUACAACAAUCGAAUUCUUCAAUGUGUCCAAGAUGCCCGUGCUGCAGGAUUUCAAUACGUCGAUGUCUAUGCUUUCAUGUGUCCAAAUUGUCGAAACAAUUAUCCUGCAUCAUCUGCCAUUGAAACCAUACUUUCCCGAUUACAUGAUUCCAAAGUCGAUUAUGGUCAAUUAUGGCUCGAUGUUGAACAAUGUGACGGAUGUUGGUUUGGAGAUUUAUCUGCCAAUGCAAAUUAUGUCACUAAUGCAUCUAUGACUGCUGAGAAGUAUUUUGCAAGAGAAGGAAUGAAUCGUCGAGUGGGAAUUUAUUCAUCUGUCUAUGAAUGGCAACAAACAGUUGGAGGAGAAAGUAAUUUAUCACAUUUGCAAUUGUGGUAUGCUCAUUAUGAUAAUGCAAGUAAUUUUAACGAUGCAUGGGCCUAUCAUUUUGGAGGAUGGACCUAUCCAGCCAUUAAGCAAUAUUGGGAUCAUGGUCCUGCUGAAUGUGGUGUGGAUGUGGAUGUGAAUUUCUACUAA